UGAUAAUAUGAACACCUAUGUAUCUUGGCGAAAAUCGCAUCUGUUUCUAAACCAGUUGGGGAGUAUGUGUGAGAUGUGUUUAAAUUCUGCCUAUUUAAAAGCUAAAAGAUUGUGUGAUCGUAGCACUUAAGUGUGCAAACUAUUUGCAAUAGUUAAAGUAGAUUUUAUUUAAAAUUAAGAUAUUUUUGACUUUACAUUAAGUUGAUUUGUUUGUGAAUACAUACAUGGUUACGCUAUUGUAGCAUUUUAUUUUUGGAAAUAGCGCAACAUAUUUAUUUUGAUUCCUUCUUAAAGGGAGUUGUAUUUUACUUGUGUAGAAGUUUUUAUAUAUACAUCCUACAUGCCACUAGCAAAGAAAUUUCUGUCUAUGAUGCUUGAAAAACAGGUUUGAGUCUAAAAUUUCAUGUCACUCUUACUAUGUUGUAAACCAACUGGUUGAUCUUGUGACUGAAUGAUUCGCUCUCCAAAGUUAAUGUUUAGUUAAAAAUGUAUAUGUUAAACGUUUUUAGAUAUCGUUGGUAAUCAUUAUGUGUGCGUAUUAAUUCAUAAAUUGACAGUUCUCCAUCAGAAAUGACUCACUAAGCACUAGAUAUAGUAUAAUCUUAUGUAACGCUAUUUAAUAUUUUAUAAGUUAUAAAACAAUCUAAUUCCAAUAGUUGCCAAACAUAAAAACUAUAAUAGAUGGAUAAAAAAUGUCGUAGUGAUAGAUAGGAUUAUUGAGUGAUAUAUAAGAAAUAUUUAUUACAUUCAUACUUACUGUGUAUUUUGAAUAUGCAUAUAUGUAUGUGUCAUCCACAUUUAAAAAUAUAUGUGCAUUCGUGUAUAAAUAUAUUUGGUACAAAUUGCAAAAGUGAAGUCAUCGGUUCCAAAUCAUAUCGUUAGCAGUGUAAGGCUGUUUCAAUUUAUUUCUUAUUUUUCUUCCUAUGUGACACGUUUAUCUUAUCGGUGGAAGAAUUUAUGCUUGAAAAUGAAAUUGUGGGGAGUGCGAACGAGCUCAACAUCAACAGAAUAGCAGUUGGCGAUGGUUUAAAUGAUGCGGACGAAAAAGAAAAUAUAGUAAAAUCGAAUUUACAAUUAAAACAACUACAACUCCAACAACAUAUAAAGGAGUGUAGAACAACAAAUACAGAAAAAUCAUUCGCUCUACGUAAAGAUGCUUUUGCGAAGCGGGGCAACGAGUUUUCAGACGGAGGACAUGUUCUUAUGCUUACUCAUCACGACAACCAACAUUUUCACUUCGAAUAUGUGACCCCCAAGCAAGAUGAGAACGUGCUGGAUACAAUUUCCGUUGUGGAACAGAACACAAUAUGUUUUCAAACAGAUGAAAAACUGAACAGUGAAAAAUUAGCCAUAAAUCAUACGAAUCGAGUUCCAUUCGCGCAAAGGCAUAUGAAAGAUGGAGUUGUGGUUAAAGGGGAAUUUUCAGUUGACAACAACCCAGUAAGCAAUUUAGAUUUCGCCGCAAUGGUAGCCGAGGCUUGCGAAGGAAUUUUUGAUGAAAUCGAAAACGACUUGAGAGCAUACAAUAACAAUAGCAAUAAUAAUAGCUGUCAUGAUAAUGAAAUAUUUUCUGAUUCUGUAUGUGAUGGUGAGGAGCGUAUUGUAAAGAGAAAAAAACGAGCACAUAACUCGGAAGCGGUACAACUUGCUGCAAAUGCUGUAUUGGACGGUCGUAUGAGUUUAGGGGAGGCUGCUAAGUGUUAUAAUGUUGUGCGUUCAACCGUAUCUUCUCGUGUCGCCAAACAUCCGAAACGUAAAAGACGAAAAUCGAAUAAGGAAUUAGAGGAGCUAAUUUACAGUAAACUGAAGGCCGGUGUGCAAAUUUCGGAAAUUUCGCGCUCUUUACAUGUUCCUAAGUCAACUGUUCAUUUAUAUAAAACAAGACUGAAGAAUAACGGAUUGCUGCCCGCUGUUUGGAUUAGGAAUGGCAGUAAAGAUAUGGUUGAUCAUGGUGUUCAAGAGAGGUUAAUGCAAGCAUAUCGUGGUCAUAUUGUAAACGGAAUGUCGGUACGUUUCGCUGCUGAGUUUUUCUCGUUACCGCUCACAACCUUAUGGCGAUACAUAAAACGCAGAAAAGGUCCCACAGUGAAUAACAUUGACGAUGACAUUAACAAAUUUGAAAAUGAAGAAUCCACUGAGAAAAAAAGUUGUGUUAACAACGCUUCAAAUGACUUUGACGAUUUAGAAUUUGAAGAGAAUCUGCAUGUUAAUGAAAUGAACUCUCCUCGAUCAUAUCCUACAGGACUGGGAACAGUUUUUGAAAAAGAAGAACAAACGAUAGAACAAUCUUUAUUAAAUCAACUGUUAGAGUAACAUAAUGUUAUAAAUUGUAUUAGAUCUCAAUAGUUGAAAUUGUAUUGUUAAAAAGAAAAUUAAAUAAAUAAAAAAAAAUCGAGAAUAUUUUGUGUCGAUUUUUAAUAAA